AUGAAUUCCUCUCAAUUAUGCAGUGCCUUGGAUAGAAUGAAGCUGACAGAUAAAACAAAGACAGGUAUAAAAUUCCAUGACUGGUUUAUGUGUUUCUUACAGCUCCGGAACCGGGACUAACUGAGGGUAUGCACCGACUGGUCGCUCGGAUCUCGGACAUAAAAGCAAUGGAACACCAACUAAAACAGAUGAAAUUUGACUUGGAUGAGAUGCCAAUAUGCAAGUUGUCAUACUGUGAUUAACCUCGCAACUGCUUCAGCUGAUAUUCGGAAGAAAUUCGUUACGAAAUCUUAUCAGCUACUUCGCAAAAUAGAAGACCUUAUUUUGGAAAAUUCUUCAAAGGAUGCCUUGAUAACUGCUCAUAAAGAGUAUUACAAUUUUGUUCCUCACAUCGGGUAGGUUAAGAAGACAGUCUACAAUGAAUCCCAAGUCCUUUACGCAUGCUUGAAAACCGCCAAGGUAUAAUGCAAGAGGCAAAUUUGGUAAAAGCCUUAUACGUAGGAAUGCUAAUGUACGACGAUUACAUUAAAAACAGUCUUUCGUCGUCAUUACGGGCGUACCAGCUUAUGCAGUGCGAAAUCAGAGAAGUUCCCAUUAGCAGUCAUCCAUGGAUCUUAAAGUCACUUGAGCAGACUCAUGGACCAACUCAUGACUUCACAUUGAAGUUCAAAACUCUUUACAGCAUCGAAAAGGACGAAAACUUCAUUCCGGAGUUAAAGAACAAGUAAGAAGUGACCCAACUCCGUGUAAACUUCAUUUUCAGUAGAAUGUUAUGGCACGGCAGUAAAACAUGCAGCUAUAAUGCUAUCCUGAAAUGCUCGCUAAAGAAGCCUCCAAAGCAAGCACCAGUUGUAAGUUACAAAAAAUAUAUGAUUUAUUGCAUAUCCGUUUAUCAAUCGUGUUUAGAGCGGGCAUUUGUUUGGAAAAGGGAUUUAUUUUGCGGAUUGCUCGACCAAAGCCGCGCAGUACUGUUGUUGCAAGCGUGGGGAGACCGGCUAUCUUAUGAUUUGUCAGGUGGCACUGGGAAAGGCUCAUAGAAUGGCCGAAGGAGACUAUGACGCCACCAAUCUCCCGCCAGGUUGCCACAGUGUUAAAGGUCUGGGCCGGAGAAGGGCGACCGUAUGGAAGGCAGUGUAUGUUUGAAACAGAAAAGGCCAAUACUUGUCGGUUUAGGAAGAGAAACAAACGCCGAGUUUUGGUGCCAUUCAAUAACAAGCCCAAGGUUAUUGCUGAUGGUGAUUUGGAGUAUCAUGAGUAUGUCGUCUAUGACAGACGACAAGUUAAGAUGCGUUUUCUCGUUGAAGUGGAGUUUUGUUGA